AUGGCACGACUUUGCUCUGUAAUGUUGCCCUCUAAUGCUUUGGCCAGUAUUCCUUUCACCAAUAUUCUUGGAUUCAAAAGUUCUGUGGAACCCAAUGGUCCAAUUUACAAUGGUCCUGGGGCAAGCAAAUACCAGGCUCCAUUUUCGCUACGCAAACUUGCGGUCCACCAGAAGGACGCCGUUGAACGAGCGAAGAAGUACGCUAUGGAGCAAAGUAUUCGAACUGUUCUCCUAAAGCAGACGCAAAAUCAGCAAAAUGCUCAAUUGUGCAACAUUAAGAGAAAUCAGACUGUUGCUCUUCUUAAUCGAGUUUACGUCGGCUCGAUCGCCUAUGAUAUAAGAGAGGAAAUGUUGAAGCAAUCAUUCAUGCCAUUUGGGCCUAUUAGAACUAUCAGUAUGAGUUGGGAUCCCGCAACUCAAAAGCACAAGGGGUUUGCUUUUGUGGAGUACGAGUAUCCCGAAUCUGCUAUGCUUGCAAUUGAACAAAUGAAUGGAGCUAGCUUUGGUGGUCGGCAGCUCAAAGUAGGUCGUCCAAGUAAUCUUCCCAAUCCUGCACCUUUUAUUGCUGAAUUAAUACGGGAGGGAAAACUGGAAAAACGUGUUUACGUUUCAGGGAUACAUUUGGAGCUUACCGAACAAGAUAUUGCACAAGUCUUUGAGGCCUUUGGGAAGAUAAUAUUUUGCAAGUAA